CAAUAAGUGUGUACGUGUGUGUGUGUGUGUGUGUGUGUGUGUGUUCAGAGAUGUAUAAUUUUAUACUUUCCAACUGUAAUGUUGUGUUUUUACAACAAUUUUCAAGUAAAGAUUCAUCACUGCAAGCUGCAGGAAAUAAUUUGUUUAUCAUUCCACAGCAGCUUGCAAAACGUAACGUGGGACCUGCAAACCGGCUCAGUGCUAGAUCGAUUCACAGACGCAGAUUGUUACCAACUCAAAUGACGGCGAAGCAUGAUUCAGCUGUUCUAACUGAUGAUCUCUCAGCAAUGACGAACAUUAAAGCAGAUAUGAAGAGUUUAAGGAUCCUGGAGUUAGAUCCUGGCUUAGAACCAUACAAAGAUCACUUUGAAUAUAGAAUGAAGAGAUUCUCUGAACAGAAAAUGCUUAUUGAUCAGUAUGAAGGAAGUCUUGAAGAAUUUGCAAAAGGUUAUGUGAAAUUCGGGCUUAAUAAAGAAGAUUGGAACAUUGUUUAUCGUGAAUGGGCCCCAGCUGCUGAGGAAGCACAGCUGAUUGGGGAUUUUAAUGGGUGGGAUGGAUCAAAUCACAAGAUGGAAAGAAAUCAGUUUGGAGUAUGGACCAUCAAGAUUCCUGAUGUAGAUGGAAAUUCAGCCAUUCCUCAUAAUUCAAGGAUUAAGUUCAGAUUCAAGCACAAUAAUGGAGUUUGGGUUGAUCGGAUCCCUGCAUGGAUAAAGUAUGCCACUGUAGAUUCUACUAGAUUUGCUGCCCCGUACGAUGGAGUUUACUGGGAUCCGCCUGCGUCAGAAAGAUAUAAAUUCAUCUAUCCCCGCCCACCAAAACCGAAGGCACCUAGGAUAUAUGAGGCUCAUGUUGGGAUGAGUAGUUCUGAACCCCGGGUGAAUUCGUACCGAGAGUUUGCAGAUAAUGUUUUGCCUCGUAUUCGGGCCAACAACUAUAACACAGUCCAAUUGAUGGCCAUCAUGGAGCAUUCCUAUUAUGGAUCAUUUGGCUAUCAUGUUACAAACUUUUUUGCCGUAAGUAGCAGAUCAGGAACACCCGAAGACCUCAAAUAUCUAAUAGAUAAAGCACACAGUUUAGGCUUACGGGUUUUAAUGGAUGUUGUUCACAGCCAUGUAAGUAACAAUAUCACAGACGGGCUCAAUGGUUAUGAUGUGGGCCAAGCCACUCAGGAUUCCUACUUCCAUACCGGGGAACGAGGAUAUCAUACCCAAUGGGACAGUAGGCUUUUUAAUUAUUCCAAUUGGGAGGUUCUUCGUUUCCUUUUGUCUAAUUUGAGGUGGUGGCUCGAUGAGUUCAAGUUUGACGGGUUUCGAUUCGAUGGAAUAACGUCCAUGUUAUAUCAUCAUCAUGGAAUCAACAUGGCAUUCACGGGGGAUUACAAUGAGUACUUUAGUGAAUCAACUGAUGUUGAUGCAGUUGUUUAUAUGAUGCUUGCAAAUUCUUUGAUUCAUUCAUUAUUGCCUGAUGCAACGGUGAUUGCCGAAGAUGUUUCGGGAAUGCCAGGCCUUGGCAGGCCCAUAGAUGAGGGUGGAAUUGGGUUUGACUUUAGGCUAGCUAUGGCAAUUCCUGAUAAAUGGAUUGACUAUCUAAAGAACAAGAAUGAUGACGAGUGGUCUAUGAAUGAUAUAUCAAGUAGUUUGACGAAUCGGAGAUAUACAGAGAAAUGUGUUGCUUAUGCCGAGAGUCAUGAUCAGUCGAUUGUAGGUGACAAAACAAUUGCAUUUUAUCUCAUGGACACUGAAAUGUAUUCUGGGAUGUCUUGUUUGACUGCGGCUUCACCAGUUAUUGAUCGUGGGAUUGCACUUCAUAAGAUGAUUCAUUUUAUAACGAUGGCAUUGGGAGGAGAAGGAUACCUUAAUUUUAUGGGAAAUGAGUUUGGUCAUCCUGAAUGGAUUGAUUUCCCGAGAGUUGGGAAUGAUUGGAGCUACGAUAUGUGUAGACGCCAGUGGGAACUUGUAGAUACAGAACACUUAAGAUACAAGUUCAUGAACGCUUUUGAUAGAGCAAUGAACUUGCUUGAUGUGAAGUUUUCGUUCCUCGCUUCAACCAAGCAGAUUGUGAGCAGCACAGACGAAGAUGACAAGGUUAUCGUGUUUGAAAGAGGAGACCUAGUGUUUGUCUUCAAUUUCCAUCCUGAUAAUACGUAUGAUGGGUACAAAGUUGGAUGCGAUCUGCCUGGGAAAUAUAGAGUUGCUCUGGACACUGAUGCUUGGGAAUUUGGUGGACAUGGAAGAGUUGGUCAUGAGGUUGAUCAUUUCACUUCACCUGAAGGAAUACCCGGAGUCCCGGAAACAAAUUUCAACAACCGUCCUAACUCGUUUAAAGUUCUUUCACCACCAAGGACUUGUGUGGUUUAUUAUCGGGUUGAAGAAGACAUUGUUGAAGAAACCAAAAAUGACCUCUCACUUGUUGAAGAUGGAGACUUUGAUGAUGAUGUUGAGAAAAUUCAAGUAACAGUUCCUGUUUUCAAAAGCAAAGCUCAAACUUCAGACAUAUCGAAGCAAGUGAUGGAAGACGAUGAAGAUGACAAUGACAAUGACAAUGAAACGCUUAUAUGAAUAUCGCUGUGCCGUUCCUGAAAAGAAUUGUUGCUUUAAAGGAGAAAGGGUACUAGGAACAUUUCGAACCAUGAGUCCCACCUGGUUUACAUUGUUGCUACAGACAUAACUUCAGUUUAAUGUAAUACAAGUAAUAUAUGUUUAGAUGUUAGAAUCUAGAUCGUAUCUACAAGAAAACUUACUGCUUUCUCGCCGGUAUAUUUACAUUAAUUUCUUUUUUUUUUAA